AUGAGUGGCCGCAGAUCGAGUGAUCGUCAGAAAGAGCUCCCUCCGAUUGAUUACUCAGGAGGUAGCGGCAAGACGUCCAAGUCAGCCAAUCCCGAUGAUGACACUCCCAGCAAGAAACCGAAGAAGAGAGAAAGCAUCACAUCCGUCACAGCAGAAGGUGGCACACCUACCAAACCAUUCCAGAAGCCCCCAGGAAGUCACACGCGUCCCAGAACGAGCUCAAAAGCCACAAACAAUCUCGACGCACCAAGCAAACAAGUCAUCAAGUCAAGGAAUGGCAAAAAAUCACAGCUUUUGACCAACUCUACACCUCCCCCUGAACUCGAAAACCUGUGGCUUGUCAACAAGAUCAUGACACCACCACUCCCGUCUCUCGCAAACCCCGAGUUGAGAUUCGAAUCUGUGGUCAGGUAUAUUCAGAUCAACGAACAAGGUCAACGUCAGAUACAUUAUCAGCACAAGGGUCACAGAAAGGGCCAAAAGAAUCUUCCUAAUGGAUUCUACUGGAUAGCAUCAACCAUUACAACCCCUGAUGAAUUUCAAGACUGGGCAACCGCUGAACAAAAGCGUGCAGCACCAUUUAUCGAGAAGCUAAAGGAGAAGCCUGGGAAAGGGCAGAGAUUACCUCAAGAGAUUCUUGAUCGUAUGAACUUGAUCAGGGAUAUAGCCGAAGGCGAAAGCAUCCCCGCUGUCCGACCUGAUGGUCAGGAGUCACCCAGUCCUCCAGCUGUUUUUCGAGUUCAAGACCGUACUGCGACACAAACCUCUACACCCCGUUUCUCCUUACCUGAGCUAGUCAAAGGAACCUGUGGCGAUGCCUUGAUACUCCCUCAUCUCGUGCACAACAACAAUAUCGCACCCUGUCAAUCUUCAAACCACGAUGCCGAUGACUCAGACUACAACAUCUGCUCUGACUGCCACUACAAAGCCCUCGUCUCUCGUCUCAAUGACCAAGAAAUCAAACACAUAAUCAGAGAUAACGGCUUCUACCCUCUCUGCAACACGUGCGCCCAAGACCAAUCGAACGUUCACGGCAUCACUGCUCAACAGAACUUCAAAAACUGUGUUUGUGAGAAGGAGCUUCCUGUCUGGAUGUGUCUUGAUUGUUGGAUCGCUAUGGCGAGAGCCAGGCGUUACGAAAGAGAUUGUGACGAAUGCUCUUGUGGUGCAAAAGGGGAAGUCGGCGGUACUGUGCGUAAGUGCUCUGGAUGUCAGGGGAUCUUGGUUGUGAGGAGGGAGGAGUGA